UCCAAUGUCGAUCGACUACUCGACUAGUGUUAUAUAGUGUUAAGUUUUAAAUUAGUAAAUAUUUCUGUCUAAAAGUAUUUACUAGUGUAAACAGAUUUGCAGAAUAAUUAUAAAGAAGCUAUGAUGGAAUCACGGGGCUAAUAAGUUUCAACAAUUAGGGGCGGCCUCCGUCCUUGGCAAGCUCCAAAAUUUUAUCUGGCAUAGUAUAGCUGGCAGGGCUAGCAAACAGUUUCGGAGAUGGCGCAAGUGGGAGCUAACAUGGAAUAUCAAGAGUACAAAUGGGCCUACUCAAUUAUGGACUCUUCAAAAGUGUCAGCAUGCCUUAUAUCUAUGCUGCUAAUAGUGUACGGCAGCUUCCGUUCUUUGAACAUGGAGCGAGAGGCGAGAGAGAGAGCGGAGAGAGAGAGGGAGGCUAGCCUGCUCGGCACUGGUGGAAAGUCUACCACCAGCUCAUCGUGUAACAGCAACGUGCAGACACUGAGUACGAUGCAAGCGCUCUGCUUCCCGCUCGGCUCGUCGGUGGCGCUGCUCAUCAUGUUCUUCUUCUUCGACUCCAUGCAGACACUUGUCGCCAUAUGCACUGCCAUAAUAGCGUGCGCGGCGCUCGCGUUCCUGCUGACGCCGCUGUGCCAGUACGUGGCGGGCGGCGGCGCGGCGUCCCGCAGCGCGCUGUGCGGCCGCUACACCGCGCCCGAGCUGGCCGCGGCGCUGCUGGCCGCCGCCAUCGUCGCCGUGUGGGUGCUCACGGGCCACUGGCUGCUCAUGGACGCGAUGGGCAUGGGGCUGUGCGUGACGUUCAUUGCGCUGAUCCGGCUGCCGUCGCUCAAGGUGUCCACGCUGCUGCUCACCGGCCUGCUGCUGUACGACGUGUUCUGGGUGUUCUUCUCCUCCUACAUCUUCACCACCAAUGUCAUGGUCAAGGUUGCUACCAGGCCAGCUGAAAACCCAAUGAACGUUGUGGCGCGUCGACUCCAACUGGGCGGCGCGAUGCGGGACGCGCCCAAGCUGUCUCUACCCGCUAAACUCGUGUUCCCGUCGAUGCAUCAUCAGGGACACUUCUCCAUGCUUGGUCUCGGAGACAUAGUCAUGCCUGGCUUAUUGCUGUGCUUUGUUUUGCGGUAUGACGCCUACAAGAAAGCCAAUCUCGUUUGCCAAAUGGGUCAAGUGCCAGGCCCAAGAUCUAUGGGUUCUCGGCUGACGUACUUCCACUGCUCGCUGCUGGGCUACUUCCUGGGGCUGCUGACGGCGACGGUGUCGGCCGAGGUGUUCAAGGCGGCGCAGCCCGCGCUGCUGUACCUCGUGCCCUUCACGCUGCUGCCGCUGCUCACCAUGGCGUACGUCAAGGGAGACCUGCGGAGAAUGUGGAGCGAACCGUUCAUAGCCCCGCCGGCCGGCAAGCUGGGGGCGGACUUCGACGUGUGACUGCCCCCCGGCGCGCGCGGGACUGCACUCGGCACUGGACGUCUCCAGUUAGUACAUCUUCUUUAGAUACUACCUACCUAUUUUAUAAUGCGUAUUUUAGAUAAAAUCAAAUUGUAAAAUAUAAUGUAGAUUGAUACUAUAGAAGAGUAAGGAUAUUGAAUUUAUAGUCGUGAGAGAAGGGAGAUCUAUUAGCGAGGAUGGGUUGCACCAUAAACAUCUUUAUGGCAAGGUUUAUGACAUAAAUCUUGGUUAGCAAAUGGAGUAAAUGUGAGAAAAACGUCAAAAUCACAAAAAUAAAGUAAACAGCCAAAAAAAAAAAUAUUAUUUACAAGUUGGCUCUUGACUACGAUCUCACCUGAUGGUACCUAAGUGAUAUGCAAUCAUCUUUUUGCCUCUUUCAUCGUAUUGCGAAGAAACAGAGAGCGGCCUUGAUAUAAAGAUCUCUAUGGUAAAACACUUUUCAUUGUUCAAAUGUUUUAUGAAGUUUACAUCUCUAUAUUAUUAUGUCGAAAUUCAUAUUUGGUUAUAUUUCUCCCAUAUAAUAAGAGUACAGUGCGCGCCAAACUACGUGUCCGCUCUGAACACGGUUCGUAUAGCAGUACAAACUGCGAAUCGGCGUGUUCGCAACGUCAGGACGGACUAGAAGUUUGGCGCACACACGCUUGGAAUGAUUUGUGUUCAAUUUAAUCGUAAGAUUGUUCUCCUCAUUACUGAUAUGAAAAAUUUUAUAGCAAAUUUUUGCAAGUAUGAAUAAGACCUCUACAUUAAAUUAAUUUUAUUAAUACAGUUGUUUAAUCAAAAAGACAGCAGUAUGAUUUAAACUAAGUUUUUUAUUGGUUUGAUACCAUUUGAAGUAAAGAAUUAGCAAUAUUUCCAUGGUGGAGAUCCAUUUGUUUAGUAUGACAGUAGAAAUUAAUAUCAUCACUUGGAACUGCUGUUUCUAUGAAUUAAAAUAGGUUUAUUAUUGUCUUUGCAUUGAUGUAUGUAUGUCCUAAGAAAUAAUUACACAUGUAAGUUGCACUUAUUUAUAGGUUAGAGGGUAUAAUUUUGUUAUGUUAACAAUUUUGAAAAGUAAUUUUUAAGUAAAUGAGUUUUUUGAAGCACAUAUAUUAAGAUUUUCUUGAAUUUAUUAUGAUAUGUUUUAUAAUACUCCUUAUGAUAACGCUAAGAUUUAGAACAAACGAAUUUAGUGAAUGAUUGCAUAAUAAAUUACUUGUCUUGUGGAAAAAUUAGGUCUUUGGAGUGGACUUUAAGUUGAGAGUUGAGACGCUGGUUGGCCGGAAGAGAUAUACAUACAAAAUCCUAGUAGUGGGGGAGCCUAUGAUUGUUAAUUGCGAUUUACUGAUCAUCGCGGAGAACAGAGAACUAUGAGUUUUGGUAGAUUACUCAGAAAUAAACUACGAAACCACGAGUGCGAUUCAUGUUAUUCAACAUAAAUCGAACUCGUGGCAAAAAUUCUCAGGUAUACAGAUUUCCUCACGAUGUUUUUCCUUCACUGUUUGAGACACGUGAUAUUUUUUUUUUUAAAUGCACACAACUGGAUUCCAACCUACGGCCUCCGGAAUCGGAGGCAGAGUUCAUAUCCACUGGACUAUCACAGCUUUUAAUUGUUUUUGAAUGCCCUAAAUAUUCGCACCAAUUUUUAAAAGUUCAUACUUGAUGGAGGUUCUUAUAUGUAUAACAACAGGCAAGUACUCGCAUUAAUCCAAAAAUCCCCUUUUCGGCUCCCCUACUAUAAGUCUAUGUAUGCUUGACUAUUUAUUUUUCUUGAAAUACUAUUGUUCAACUAAUUGUGUGCGGUCAUUUCAAUCCUCAGAAGAGUAAAAUACCUCUAGCAAUAGGGAUGAUGACAGUUGUUUAUUUUUAAAUUGUAUAGGUACGAAAAAUUAAACAUAAUAAAUCAAACAUAACUUCCUUUAAAAAAACAAAGGAGAAGUAAAAUUUAUAAAUCAUAAAAUAGAAAAAAAAACAAACGCUUCUACGCGGAUAGGGGUGUUAAUGUUCUGAUAAUUGUGAACAAAAGACAAAUACCUAUUUACGUUUUAUUUCUCGUGUUCAGAGUGUCUAGUUGGAGCUUUCAAUGUUUUCAUACUGUGACGAUCGCGUAAACAUAAAUGCGAAUUUCUGAGGAAUUGAAACAGCACCAUCUAGUGGCACUACACCAUUACGUUUACGCGAUCGUCACAGUAUGAAAACAUGGAAAACUCCCACUAGGCACUCUGUUAAAUAAAAUCUGCGCUGUAUUUACCGCAUUUAUUGGAAAUCCGUAGUUCUUAUACGGUAUGCACGAUUGUAAACCCUCUAAGCAACAUCUAAAAUGACGCUCCAUCGAUGCUUGAGGUUAGAUUUUUAUGGGCGUUCAAACGAAAUUACAAAUAUGUAGGUGUUUAUAUUUUUCAAUUAAGGAAGCUAAAAAUGUAUGAUUUUUCAUCGAAUUACGUUAAAAGAUUUUUAAUUGUUUUUAAAAUUUCAUCAUCUUAUUUAUUUUACACACAUCGUGUCAGUUUUAGUUUUUUAUGUGCUAAUUAAUAUUGACCUUAUUUACCCGAAUGUCUCAUAAAAAUUAAUAUAUAUUCAAACCUAGUCGUCAUCCCCAUUGCCACUUAUUUCGCUAACUUUGACGUUUGUUCGUUGAGAUAUACGAAAUCGAGAUCCUAUGUAACAAAUGUCAUCCGGUGCCUACUGACAACCCUUCGUGGAUAUCAUACAGUAGGUAGAUGAUAUUUAUCAGAUGAAUUGAUGUAUAUUUUAAUAGGUUGUUAAUAAAGACCAAAUUAGUGAAUAGGCCAGCUGGAGGACGGAAAUGGCCUGACAUUUUCUAUUGCAAGUUUGUUUUGUUUGUGUGUGUGUCAGUACCAAGAGUUUUAUAAUCUACACAUUAUUUUGAAUCUCAUUUUUCAGACUGUGCAAGUUCAUAUAUUUCUUAACGAUACGCAAAGUCACAUUAUUUACAUUAUUAUACCUAAUAAUUUUGUACUACUUAUGUAUUUUAUAAGAUAUGUAGUUUACUAACAUCUUAGGAUUGUUUGUGAAAAAACAUUGUUAAAGUGUGCGCCAAACUUAGUGUCCUCUCUGAACACGAGGCGCAUGCCAAAAAAAAACUCAAAGUAUCAGCGGCGAAGAGUUCAUGCAAGCCGAUUCCCGCCGGGUUACCUUUAAAAAUCCAUUGCAUAUUUUUGUACUGUGUCUAGAUUAUAUGAGUAACCGAAGUUUGUAUCACGCUGUAUGAAUUUCCUUUUCUUUGGGAUGACUUACCUUCAUCUAAAUUCCAUCCUUCGCCACUGCAAAGUAUACAACAUAUCCCAGUGGUGUUGUAACAUCUGCACAGUUUUGUAUUGCAAUGUCAGAAUAGACUACAAGUUUGGCGCAUACUACCUUUACUAUACUUAAUAAUCCUUUUAAAUGUCCAACAUGUCUGUCAUAUUAUUAAUUAUUAUUAUUGUAUUUUACUGUUUUAUUUUCAUACAAACUAACAAAUUCUCAGUGGCGUGCACUUCAUAGACGCAUAAAUGCGCUGGCUACCCUUUGAACUCAUGCACCCAAAUUGAAGAAGGAAUUUCUCAUUUUGUAAUACUGGGGUAAUAAAAUAUUAAUUUCGUGGGAAUAAAGGUCCGAAACAUAACGUUAUUAAUAAAUAAAAGUUAGGGAUUUCAAAACUGAAUUUAAAAAAAAUGUAUUUUUUUUAAUUUUUCAAACGUCAAAAACGCUGUCGUCCAUUUUGUGACGUCACAAUGUUACUUGAUGUACUAAACGUCAAACUAAUUGUUAACUUAUAUUUUUGCCUAACGCUCCGUUUGUAAGAGAUUUGUUAUAGUGACGUCAUGAAACAGUUGAAAUAUAGACCAUCCUGGUCGACAGACGUAUUGUCAAAAAAAUAUUUAAAAAUUUAAAUUUUCAAGUAAUCACGUCCCGAAAAAAUAUAAUCGCUCUAGUUGAACGAAAAUUAACAAUUUAAGACGAUUUAAAAAGUGUCAACUGGCCUAUUUGUUUUAAUGUCUACCCUAGUUAGCAAUCUUGUGCAUGCCACUGCAUAUUUUAUACUAUAGGGCUUAUUCUUGUACCAUGAUGAACAAAUUUUGUUAUCACUGCCUGAUUGUUAAAACUAAUGUUUGUUUUUCUAUAAGCUGAAGAAGUACAGAUCCAAUAAGCUGGUAAAUUACACAACCAAUGGUACAUAUAGAGGAUAUAACUGAUUAUGAAACACGGCUUAAAUUCUCGUGAUACAACGUCGGGGUAUGCCCGACUAGUUUUGGAACCCAUUCGGGGCCCUUAAUCAUGAGCUGGUUUUUGCAACGCGCCACGCUUUUAUCUGAUUUCAUUGGACUGAUCAGUUUAGAGUGUGAUGUGAUUGUGUGAUGCGUUGCAAGAACCAAAGAAUUUAAAAUAUAAAUAACACUCACGAUAGUUAAAAAUCAUAUAGAGGGUGUUAAAUAGAUUUUGUGCUACUUUCAUUAUUGUGUUUUAUUUAUUGUUUUACUGAAAUAAAGCUAAUUUUAUCUGGUAAUAGUUAACAUCCAAUGUAACUUGUAAAUUAAACUCUAAAAUUAUAUUGUUCACUUGUAACUUCAAAAAAUAUUUUUUUAAUUCUUCCUAAUUCAGUAAACCAAUUUGUUAGUCUUGAAUAUUGAUUUGUUUUGUGUGGAUUUUGGAGAAAAAACUUAAAAAGAAACAAUUGGGUAAUUAAAAAAAAUCAAUUAGUAAUUUAGUGUGAUAGUCACCACUUCAGAUUGUAUUACAAAUGGCACUGCACAAAGUCUGUCAUAUCAGCUUGUAAUUAAGUCACAUGAAGACUGACUGAUGACUCAAUAUUCAUCAGCCAUUACAUCAACCCGGGAUAAUUGGACAUAAAGUAUUUUCAUUAAAAAAUAAAAAUAUUAUUCUGUAUUAUAGUCUGGCAAGUUCAUUGACAACACUCCCAUGAUAUGCGGGCGACAGGGGGAAAGACUGCGCGGGUGUGAAAUUGUGCGUGCGGGGAAGUGAUGUACAUCAGUCGUGGGGUUUUCAUUCAUCGCUACACGUCCCCCGGCCCGCGCGGAAAAUUGGGAGUGUUACGAACGAAGUUGCCAAGCUAUGAUUACAUCAUCAUUUUGUUAGUCAGCUUUUGUUAUGUGAUCUGUACUCAUUAUAGAAAAAUAUAAGUCUAAACUAGAAUUUAGACUAAAUGUUAUUAUAAAUAUAGCAGCAAUUAAUGUUGUUGUAAAAGUAUUUGAUGGAAUUUAAUAAAAAAAAAGUUGUUUUAUAAAAGUAAGUGUUAAUAGUAGGUGUGAUCAUAAUUAUUCUAUUUGUAAUUAUUUUCCUCACUUUGUUUUGAUAACUAAUUAUACAGUUUGUGUGAGAGUUAGGUAAAGAGCAGUAUUGUUUUAUAAUGGUGUGAUGUUAUGUAACUUUUAAAUGAGAUUUGAGGCUUAUACUUGAUUUUUUAAAAAUAAUUUUCAAUGCAUCAGUUUUAAUGGUAUCUGUGGUUAAUAUUAGUGAUCAAUUGAACUAGUUAAAUUAUUGUGGAAGUGUGGAAACAUAUAGUAAUUUUGUAACCUAUUUAUUAUUCAAAGAAGUUUUGAUAUAUCUCCUAAAUGGUUUGGAGCCCACAAUGAUUUUGUAUCUGUAUAUUUUUAUUUCAAUAAAAUAGUUUUUUAUUGUGUACAUAACUAAUAAUCAUAAAAUUGAUGUAACACAAGCUAUAUCUGUCUCAUCACAUGUCUAAAGAUUAAUGUAAAUAUUGCCCACACAUGACAUUCUAAUACCGUGCAAAUAUAGGAAAACGCAUUUAAUAUUUUUAUGUGUAUGUGUAAAUUUUUUUUAUUAACAAUACUUAAUAAAAAUAUUAGAUGAA